CAGCUAUGGGUUAAGUUUCAGCUCAAAUUAGAAUAGUGUGGUCUUAUGUAAUAGUGUGGUCAUAUCAUUAGGCAACAGAAAUGUAACUGAUGUGAUGUGAGGAGUUUCACAGGUUUUACACAAUCUUUCUUAUUUGCUGUUAUACAGGCUAUAGAGUACUGCUAUCAAACUGCAGAGUAGACAAAGCUCCCCCAUAUUGGAAUAUAGCACACGUGCUAUCUGAGCAUGAUACUUAACAGCACUUUUUUUCAUUCACUUCAGAGCAUGACAUGUUGUACCGCCUACACAGUAGGCUAGCUCUUCCUGUGUUUAACAAGCUUUUGACAGGCAGCCAGUGAUGCAGCGAUCGUCACCCCCUAAGCAGAAAAAUGAUCUUGGAUUUAAAAGGAACAUGUUUAAUAGUCAUGGUUUUCUGUUUCAUGUUUUAUUCUGCCUAUGCACGUGUUCAGAUAUUGAGAUACCUGGGGACACAGUUAACGCAAAGUUAAAUGGAUCAAUAGAAUUUAAUAUUCAACAGGAGCCAACUGUAUGCAAUUUUACUGUGGAAUGGUACAAGCAUACAACUUCUACAUUAUGCCUACGCUUUGAGGCACCGAACAUCACAUGUUUGGGGGACUGCUGUAAGAAAGCACAAUUCCACUGUCAAAACAACAGUCUUGUCUUAAACUCUGUGACCCUUCAAGAUGAAGGAAAGUACAUAGAAAAGAUAAUGUUACAAAAUGGUACAAUAAAGAAGAAUAUAUUCACACUGAAGAUCAUAUAUCCUCCAUGUAUCUCAAAUGUAAGCAUCAUCUCAACUCAGUCGACUCUAAUGGUCAUGUGUGAGGCCAGUGGAGGGAGCGUGUCAUACAGCUGGCUGAAAGAUGGACAGGCCCUGCAGAACAUGAACCAGACACUGAUGGUUCAUGAAGCAACCCAGAAAGUCUGUGGGAAAUACACUUGUGUGGCAGCGAAUGAAUGGGGAAGUACAGAGGCUCAUGUCAAUGUUAAUGGUGAAUAUGCGAUAUGUAGAGGCCUGGACGGGAGACAUGAAAUUAAGAUUGUGUCUGCUGUGAUUUGUGCGCUUUGUUUUUGCGUCAUUGCUGUCUGCAUCAAGAAGUAUCAUGCAGGUAUCUUCAGCAAUGAAUCAUGGACUCCAGAAGACAGAGGAAACAGAGGACCAAACACAGGAAUGGAAGCAGAGGAUCGUAUAUAUGAUGAACCCAGCAAUGUGCAGCCAAACCCACCAGAGGUAGUCCAGCUGCCUUAUGUAUACACAGACUUCAUACCAGGAAGAUUUCCCACAGGCCAUGCAAAGAAGGUGAAGACAGAAGCUGGGUACUCAACCAUUGGGGAAGUCCAGGAGCAGGUACAGACACUUCGAGCCCUGGAGCAGGCAGAGACACCUGUGGCCCUGGAGCAGGCAGAGACACCUGUGGUUCUGGAGCAGGCACCUAAAAACACAUGAUA